AUGGUGCUGUUUCAGAACGUGGGCGGCUCGGUGACGUUUCUACUGCAGAUCGCGCUGCUAGCGUGGGGCAUACGGCAGCUGCGCAGCGUGCUCGCGAAGCGGCGGGAAACGCGCCAGCGCAAUCAGGGCAGCAGCGCAGGCGCCUCCCCCGCCUUCGCCUCGCUCUCCCCGCUCGCCGCGCUCAUGAUGGCGGGGUGGACGGGGGAAAGCGGGGGCGCAAGCGGCGGAGCAGGCGCAGGGGGGGCGGGGAGCAGCAGCGCGGGCGGAGCAGGAAUGGGGGCUGGCGCUUCCACUCCAAGCCACACUGCGGCUGGAAACGGGGCAGGCGGGGUCGCGGGGGAGAUUGGCGCAGGGAGGAUAGGCGCAGGGGGGGAGGAUGGGGGAGUGGCGGAGGCGGGAGGUGUGACACCAAGAGCAGCAGCAGUGGGGGGAGCUGAAGCAGGGGCAGCGUCCGGAGGGGAGGGAGGAUGGGGGGGCAGAAAUGCGGUGGUGGUGCCUCACGUGGUGAUAGAUGUGCGGGCGAGGGAUUUGGCUAAGAGCCAGCCCAUCCCGCUGCCGUCCCCGCAUGUUCUCAACAUACCAGGUCAGUCGGUCAGUGGUCCGUCCGUCCACCCGUGCAACAUCAUGACCUGCCUGCUGCUCCUCCUCCAUUGUCCGACUCCCCUGCUCCCCUUUUCGCCGCGCUCUGCUACUCCCCACCUCCACGUCCUGCGUCCUGUUCUGCUCCUUGUUCACCCAUUCACACCCCAUUCCCCCUUCCCGCCUCUCCCCUCUCCCCCAUCCCCUCCCUCCUACUUCCAGAGAGCGACCUGCUACAGGCGCUGCAGCUGCCAGCAGCGGCAUGGGAGCACCUUUUUCACGAAAACUCUUGAGUCGCGUUGCAGCUGCCAGCAGCAGCCUGGGAACACCGCUUCCACAACACCUUGUGAGGCCUCUCAAAACUCUCCACUCCCCGCUCUCCCUUCUCCUGUGUUCCCCCAUCACCCCUCCCCUCCCCCGCCACCAGAGAGCGAUCUGCUUCAGGCGCUGCAGCUGCCAGCAGCGGCGUGGGAGCACCGGUUCCACGACACGCGCCAGCCGGACCGCCGCCACCUGCUGCUCUUCCUCUCCUCGCACGGCAACUCCGCGCAGCGCGCCGCCACAGUCGCCGCCUCCCUCGGAUACACCCGCUCCUGCGUGCUCUCCGGGGGGCUAGACGCCCUCAAGAAGUUUCUUGCUGCUUCCGCUGCUGCUGGUGCCCCUGCACCGUCGCCUUCGGGUGGGGGUCUGGGCGGAGGGGGAGGAGGCGGGGGAGCGGGAGGAGGAGGAGUAGGGGAUGCUGGGUUGGCCACAACCCCUUUGGCUCAUUCUCACUCAUCCGCCGCUGCCGCUGCCGCUGCUGCUGUUGCUGCCCUAGGCUCGUCCUCCUCGGCGUUGUCGACCGUGCCCUCUGCAUCGGCGGCUGCAGCGCCGUUCCACUGGAUACCAUCCACAGCAGUGUCAGUGAAGAACAUAUCUCGGGAUGCUGUGGCGCUGCUGCUCGCACGCAAGGGAGGGCAGUACCCCCACACGCUCAUCCUCCAGUCCAGACCUGCCCCGCCCUCCGCUGCCCCUCUUCCUCCCCUUGCUUCUUCCUCUGUCGCUGCUGGAGGUGGUGGUGCUGGGGUGGGGGGAGGGGAGGAGCGUGGGGUGCGAGAGGAGGGUGGGGAGAGGAGGGAGAAUGGAGUAGCCGAGGGUUUGGAGGCGAGGGAAUACGCAGGGACGGAUGGGGAAGGACGCGGGGCAGAUGGGCAGGGUGGGGGAGAGGGGGGCGGGAGAGCAGGAGGGGAAGGCGAUGGAGGUUCAGGGGCAGGCGGAAAUCGGGGUGACGAAGAUGGAGGGGUAGUGGAAGGCAGAGGGGAGGCAGGUAGAGAGAGGGAUGGAGAGAGGGAUGGAAGGGGGGGUGAAGCAGAGGGGAACGGGACGGGGGCAGAAGCACAGGGAGGGGGAGGAGUGGGGCGGGUGGUGUGGGAGGAGGUGGGAGGAGGCAAGCCGUGGUUCUACUUGGUUGAUGUGAGACGGUUCGAUGAGCGUGUGCUGUAUGGAGGGAUACCUGGCUCCGUGCACAUACCAGCGGAGGUGUGGCCAGUGGCACUGUCACUGGGCGAGGAGGCAUGGAAGCAGCGCUACCAGUGGCCCAAGAUGGAGCCCCAUUCCCUGCUCAUCCUCCACUCCAACACGGGACCUCGAGCAUAUUGGGCUGCACAAGUGGCACGAGAUGCAGGCUACAACAGGUGCUUUGUGAUGCGAGAGGGCACACACGGGUGGCGCCUGCACCCCUCUGUCUGUGUCUAUGACGACUAUCUCGAGGGGGGAGUGCCACCAGCACCGCAGUCGUUUGCAGUGGAAGCAGUGGAUGAGGGCAUGGCAGAGCAGCAGCUCAGGCUGCUCGGAAUUGCACUCUGA